AUGGCGCACAGAGCGUACCAUUCGAGCGCAGCGAACGAGAGCAGCGGAGUGAGUGUGGCCGCGAGCGCGCGCGCUUGCUCGGCCCGGAACUCUGCGCUGCGUCACAACGCCAUUCAUAAACGCACCGCGCGCGCCGCCCGCCGUCAGAGCAUCUCCGCUGCGAAGCACGUGUCAUGUGUCCUUAUCACAGAGGCUGUUGAGGGGCGGAGUGCAGGCGGGUUGAAUUUGUCAUUGCAAUACUACCAGGCGUCCAAUGGGCGAGGCACCCCACCCGCUUGCAGCGCGCCGCCGCGACGCCGACAUCCCGACCUACCCCGCCUUUCAAAUCAUCGCACAGAGAGAUACACAAACAAAUGA